UGCUAAUUCCAUUGCAGUGUGACUGCUAUGUUCCCUACAACUGCUCCGGACUUGUAGUCUCAUGCUCUUCUUUCUUCUUCUUCUUCUUCUUACUUGAAAGCAUCCGAGGAGAGCACAAUAUCUGCUGAGAUUAUAGAAUCCUAGAUUGAACAGGAAAAAAUCAGAUGGCAGCUGUAAAACAGGAUUUUUGCUCAUGAACAAUACUCAAAGCAGGACAAGGUUCAAUUCAUUUGUGCCUAGGUUUGUGUUGAGAAUGCGCGCCACCUCCACCACCUACCAUGGAGGAUUCUGCUUCUGUUUCUGCUCUCAGGUGCGCUUCCACAGCAUGUGAAUGCACUGCCCCCUGACAGGUAAAGUACACAAUACACUAUUCUCUCUCUUGCUCUGCUAAACUAGCUGAUACCGAAUUCUGAUCUCCAUUGGGUGGUGCUUUUAGUUUUAACUGCUCAACUGUGCCAAUUGCUACAAAUCCUGCUUUUCACUAAUUGGCUAGAGCUCCCUAAUUCUCAUUGCUGGAGUAAGUUUGUAAAUUGUUAUUAUAUGGGUUGCUAGGAAUUCUGUUUCAUUGUGGGUAUUGUCUAGAAAGAGUUAUUCAAAUUUGAGGUCUGCAAUCUGAGGGAAAAAAUAGUGAAAAGCCUAGAUUUGGGGGUUAGCCUUUACACUGUCAUAGAUUGUUCUCUUGAAGAAUUUGUAUGAGAUCCAAAAUAUUUUUUGUUUAAGAAAAGUAGAAGUGGGAGCCCCUGUUUUUGUGCUGCACUGGCCACGCUUGGGUGUUGAAUGGGCUUUGGUACUGGGACUCCUAAGCUGUAUAGAUUGCACCUGAAGGAUUUGUAUGAGGCCCGCAAAUAGAUUGCACCUGAAGGAUUUGUAUGAGGCCUGCAAAUCUUUAAUAUUAAAAGACUAAAAGGGAAGCAAGGGAGCCCUGUUGGAUUUGAACUCCAAAACUUUAAGCUGAGAAAGGAGGAGGAAGAAAAGAAAGUAGAUAAAAUGUUGGCAGGAUGCACUGCAUUGUUAUCCCCAAGACACAGACUGAGAGGAACUACUGCUGCUUCUGCUACUGCUUCAUGUCAGUUUCAGGGGCAGCAGCGGUCAGCUCCUGGUCUCCAUUCCCAGCAAAUCCAGUCCUGCCACUUUCCGCUGCAAGAGAAAUUCUUCCCUUCACAGCAAGUUGCAAGCCCCACAUCCCAGCAUAAUAUAAGCUCACAGAAGGGGGUUACUGAGCUCCCAUGUAGUAGUUAUUCCAGGAAUGAAGAGAGGGCUGCUUCUAGUAGAGAAGGUCAGAGGAGCCAGGUGAGUGAUGUGGUCAUGCAAAGGGAGAAGCUAUCCAUGGAAGAAACAGCUCCUUAUUCCCAAAGAAGGCAUGCUUACAAAGGGUCCUCUGGUAAGAUGGCUCAAGCAGCAUGUUGGAUGGAGAGGCCACAAGCCAGGGUCAUGGAAAGACAAAAGGAAAUUACAGGAACACUAAUGGCUAAAAAUGCAGAAACCUUGUGGGAGAGCAGCAAGCGCAGAGAGAAUUUGAAGAGGUUUUCUGAGCACAACACAGCAGACGACUGCUGUGAAGAUCGAGCAAAGAGGCUAAGAGGUAGUCCAUCUGAAGACUUGAACGGAAAAUUCUGUGUCAGUCAGUUGGGUACCCAUUGGUUUGGCGAAAAUUGUGACAAGAUUGACAGUGUGAGUGAAACUAGAGGUUCUUCAGGCUUGCCUGCAACUUUAUUUAACUCUCCAGAACAAAAGAGUAAUAAUACCUAUGAGCCUCGUUCAGUUCUAGAUCUUGUCAUUAGUCCUGGACUGAAACCCAGAUCAUUUUCUCCUGUUUCCAGUCAGCCUUUGCAGCAAUUGUUGACAGUUACAGCAGACUAUAGUCAGGGAUUUACCAUAGCAGAUUUGCAAGACAUUGAGAAGUCCAACAGUGGACUGACCCAUUUGCAUCAGCCUGAAGCACUUCCAAGGACAUCCAUUCCAUCUCCAUUCCCAUUUUCGAGCAAUGCUUGGGUUGAAUCUAUCAUUUCAGACUUUGCAGGCAAGGGUCAAGCAGAUGCCACUAAUGGUGAUCCCAACAAGACCAAUUCAAGUUCAUGCUCAGUGCCUCCAAAUACUCUCAAGAAUGAUGAUGGAAACUCUUCUGGAAAUGACAGUGGCCAUGAAGGUGCUCCCCACAAUGAAUUUCCAAAUAUUAUGCAAAUUCUUUCAGGUGGCGGCGCAAUUGGCACAGAACAAACACACAUGGAACAAGGGUUGGAACUUGUAAAUUUAUUGAUUGCUUGUGCAGAGGCAGUUUCUUCUAAGAGCUUGCAUUUGGUUAGUCAUUUUAUCUCCCGAUUGGGAGAGCUUGCUUCUCCGGAGAGCAGUCCCAUGCAUAGAGUUGCAGCUUAUUUCACAGAAGGUCUCAUUCUCCGCUCAACCAAGCUUUGGCCUCAUGUCUUCCAUCCCAUUGCUGUGGAUCUUGAUUUAAGUGAUGAUGAUCUGAUGACGGGCUUCCAGCUUAUCAAUCAUAUUAGCCCAAUUCCUAAAUUUUUCCAUUACACAUCAAAUGAGAUAAUUUUGAAAGCAUUUGAGGACAAAGACAGAGUUCACAUUAUAGAUUUUGAUAUAAAGCAGGGUCUCCAGUGGCCAGCCCUUUUUCAGAGCUUGGCAUCAAGGCCUAAGCCUCCAACCCAUGUGAGAAUUACAGGAAUUGGAGAGUCCAAGGAGGACCUCCAGGAUACAGGGGACAGGCUUGCAGGCUUUGCAGAAGCCUUAAAUCUUCCUUUCGAAUUUCACGCAGUUGUUGAUAAAUUGGAAGAUGUGAGACUUUGGAUGUUACAUGUUAAGGACAACGAGACAGUCGCGGUAAAUUGCUUAUUGCAGCUGCAUAAAACAUUAUAUGGUAAUGGGUCUGCCUUAAGGGAUUUGCUUGGACUUAUUCAGAGUACAAAGCCGGCCGUUGUAGCAAUGGUUGAGCAAGAGGCAAGUCAUAAUGAUGCCACGUUCGAAGGACGUUUCUUGAACUCACUGCAGUAUUACUCAGCUAUAUUUGAUUCAAUUGAUGCCAAUCUUCCUCCAGACAGUCCUGCUAGGUUCAAGGUGGAGCAGUUUUAUGCAAGAGAGAUAAGGAACAUCAUAGCUUGUGAAGGGCCAGAGAGGAUUGAAAGGCAUGAAAAAUUUGUGGUUUGGAAGCACAUGAUGGAGGAAGGAGGAUUCACGCAGGUUCCUCUCAGAGAUAGGGAAGUUUUUCAAGCCAGAAUGCUGUUGGAGAUGUUCUCCUGCAAGAGUUACAGACUGAAGCAACAAGAUGGAGGACUUACACUUAGUUGGUUGGAACAGCCCCUUUUCACAGCUUCAGCAUGGGAACCUCGCGGAAUUGAUGGUGCCAGCACCUCAUCUCCUACAUGAUGGGCUUAAUUUUUUUUUUCCCCUUAUGUUCUUGUAUUCAUUACUUAGAAAUUCUUUGUAGACACAUAUUUUUUCAUUCUUUUGAGGGGAUCUCAUUUGCAGCUACAGUUUUCUGUAUGCUGCUUUUAUUGGUCUAUCUCUGCAGGAUACAUCUGGAUUAUUUAUUGUCAGGAGCUUACAUCCAAGCUCUAGUUCCUAUCUUGCAUUAUGCAAUGGUAGUUGCGUCAAGCAGAUUGUCCUGCAAGAAGCAGAGGAGCUGUGGCCGAAGUUCAUUUAUAAACCUUCUGCCACAAGUUCUUUCGUAAUGCCUUGACCGUCUUAUUCUUUCAUUCUUUUCCCUCCUGUCUCCAAAUUUUUGUUUAUAUAUUCAUUCAUUCUUUGUAGUGUUAGGAUGAUGAGCUGCAAUGAAGAUAAGUUCUAGGUUUAUUCCUUAAUAGUUAAAAUGUCCUAGUCUCCUUUUGGAGAAAAAAGUAGUCCAUACUCUUCGUGUUGGUAAAAUUCAUAUGUAUUUUUUGUAUUAGCAUUGCUAGCUCCUAUAUCAUUCUUUUGCCCUGCGAGGCUCUUAAAUGUAAUAAUGUAAUACCAUAUAAAUAUGUCAAUUCAUUUUGUAGUUUUUGGAAA